GCGGAGCGGGGGGCGUGUGCAGGCGGCGCAGCGAGCGGCUUGUUGUGCGCGCUGCGGAGCUGUUACCCUCCCGCUGCCCAGGCCCUGCCGGAGCCGCCGCCAGAUAUUUUAUAGAAUGUCUAAUGGUUAUGAAGAUCACAUGGCUGAAGAUUGCAGGGAUGAUAUUGGUAGAACAAAUUUAAUCGUGAACUACCUCCCUCAAAACAUGACACAGGAUGAGUUACGGAGUCUAUUUAGCAGUAUUGGCGAAGUUGAAUCUGCUAAACUUAUUCGGGACAAAGUUGCAGGACACAGCUUAGGCUAUGGCUUUGUGAACUAUGUGAGUGCUAAAGAUGCUGAAAGAGCAAUAAACACACUGAAUGGCCUGAGACUUCAGUCAAAAACAAUCAAGGUGUCGUACGCUCGUCCCAGUUCUGAAGUUAUCAAAGAUGCUAACUUGUACAUUAGUGGACUACCAAGGACAAUGACACAAAAAGAUGUAGAAGACAUGUUUUCACGUUUUGGCCGCAUCAUCAACUCACGUGUACUCGUGGAUCAAACUACAGGUUUGUCCAGAGGAGUCGCUUUUAUCCGGUUUGACAAAAGGUCAGAAGCAGAAGAGGCAAUUACAAGUUUCAAUGGUCACAAACCCCCAGGUUCCUCUGAACCCAUUACUGUGAAGUUUGCAGCCAAUCCUAACCAGAACAAAAAUGUGGCACUGUUAUCACAGCUGUAUCAUUCACCAGCUAGACGAUUUGGAGGGCCAGUUCAUCACCAGGCGCAAAGAUUCAGGUUCUCUCCUAUGGGUGUAGAUCACAUGAGUGGGCUUUCUGGUGUAAAUGUUCCAGGGAACGCAUCUUCUGGCUGGUGUAUCUUCAUCUACAACCUUGGUCAAGAUGCUGAUGAGGGAAUCCUCUGGCAGAUGUUUGGCCCCUUUGGUGCGGUUACCAAUGUGAAAGUUAUUCGCGAUUUCAACACCAACAAGUGCAAAGGGUUUGGUUUUGUGACCAUGACAAACUAUGAAGAAGCUGCGAUGGCCAUAGCAAGUCUUAAUGGCUACCGCCUGGGGGACAAAAUCUUACAGGUUUCCUUCAAAACCAACAAGUCCCACAAAUAACUUGCUCGUGCUUUUUGUAUGGAAUAGAUAAUGGAGUGACCGAAGUUAAAACAUUUUUGUUAGUGUAAAACUCAUUUUGCGCCAAUUUUCACAAGUGUUUGUCUUAGUCUAAAUGAGAAGUGAAAAAGGUUUUUAUACUCUGGGAUGCAACUGACAUGUUCAAAUGUUUGAAAUCCCACAAUGUUAGACCAAUUUUAAGUUCCUUAAGUUAUUUCAUUAAAACUAUAUAUUAAAAAAAAAAAAAAGUAAAAUCUUAAGUAGAUUGCAUUAACUAGACCCUCUGGAUGGUGGUAAAAUUGAAGCAUGCUUUCACUUAUGAGACUAACAUUUGUUCUAUUGAAUGUUGUCUGCAAAAACUGGAACUCUUUUUUGUUUUAAAUUUUUUUUGUUUAAUUUUAAACUAUCAAGCGGAUGCUGUUAGUAUGGUCCUCCCCUCAGUCCCCAAUAGCCUGAUAAAAAAGUUGAGAAAUACUGAUGUUGGCAGUACAUUGCUUUUUAAAGUAAUUUUCAUUGCUACAUCUAGUUGAGGAUUAGACUUCAUAACAUGAAAGUCUUGUAAGUAGUAGCAUGCCAGCAUAACUUUUAACACCAUUGAUGAGGUAAGUUGCACACUGAACAGUGGCCAAGUUGUCAAAUUAAAAGGUUUUACAAAAAAUUUUAAGCCCAGUUUUUCAUAGGAAUGGACCAAAGAGUUUCAGAGAAACUCGGAAGAUUUCAGAGUCAAAACGAAACUCCAAAAACAGUGUGAAUAUAUGUUUCUACUUCAUCAAACUGAAUCUCUUCUGUCCAAAUAUUUAAUGCAUGAUGCACUACUUACUGGUACAUUGUAAUGCAGCAAGAUAAUUAUUCAGUUUCAAAGAUCAUUAUAGUUUGAAUUCCUAAGGGUAGUUCCAUUUUGUAAAAACAGUUAUAAACAUUUGAGCAUUGUAUUUCUCGCAUCCCUUCUAACGAGUGCUAGAUUUUUCUAUUUUAAUAGGAUUUUGUUUUGACAACUAGCUUUACUUAUUGAACACUCAGCAGAAAAGUACUUACUUCGUACAAGUUAGAUAUUAACAAAAAACUGAUUGUAGAUUUAAAGAUUAAUCCCCCAAGUUUUCUGCAGAUUGCCUUGAAACUUUGAGUUGUUCUGUUUCUGUUAAUUUUCUUUUGCUUUUUUGUGUUUUUUGUUUGUUUGUUUUUACUUUUGCAUUUAAGACCAUUAAAUUUGAUUUUGUUUUGCUCGAAUUUUGUUUUGUUUUUUAUUUUAUAUUAUUUUUUUUGCCAAGUAUUGCACAAAGUGUCCAAUAUUAAAAGAAUUUUGCUUUAAAGUACUAUAGGUCUUCAUUAAAAUUAAAAUCCAUUAAUCUGUCCUUUUGACAGAUCAGUAGGGGAAAAUAUUUGUGUGAAAACAAAAGCAUUACAAUAAAUCUGUCGCAUAGAAAGUAUGUGCCAGAUACUCAGUUAAACACAUAUAUGUUGCUUUGUAGACUGAACAAUAUUUCUUUUAUCAAAAAUGUGCUAUGUAAGGUAUGUAGGUACAUAGCUAGUGUGUGUGAGCAGGGACUUCACCUGACAAACUAUUGCAAGAAUCUUAUCUGUGUUCUGUCACCAGAGUUCAGAGAAAAUGCAGAAAUUGGGACAACUUGUCAGCAAUUAUCUUUUGAGUGAACCUGUGCCAAUCCCCAAGAACUAAUGAGUAGUCACUUCAGAUUCUGGAGGCAGUCCCAUGCAGAAUUGUUUUUGUUUGUAUGGUGCCCAUAGGCUCUUUAAGAUCCUAUCUGCAUCACAACUAUGAUUUCUCUUUUUUCAGCAUCAGGACCGCCAGUCCUGUGCUGCUGCUGGAAUUUUGUGCUCUCCUUUCCCGGUACUUCAUUGUUUGGCUCUUACUCACUCUUCAGUCAGUUGUUGGCCUUUCCUUUAAUCUGCAGCAUGCACUUUUUGCUGUCAGCAGCCAGUCAUUUACUGCUCUAAUGGUUGGCUCUUUUGUGGUUGUACAUAGCCUCUCUCUGCUGGCUCCAGAAGAGCCCAGCGAGAGCAGAGCUCUUUUCCAAGGUCUCUAGCAAUGUUGAGUGAGAUGGCUUGGCUCUAGUGCAGUAUAUUAAAGUUCUUUCUGCUGCCUAAUGUGUGCUGCCUUUCCUUUGUUUCCAUUCCCAUUUACUCCAUGCCCCAAGCCUUUGAGAAGCACAGUCCGCAUCAGACAGUUGUAGGAUAAUGUCCUUCAAAACCAGCAGCUGCCACCAGGUAAAAGGUAGACAGUGGGCCCCCUCUAUGAGCUCCUCCUUGGACAGGCUGCUAUUUCCAGUGCUUCCUUUCCAUCACUCAUGUUUCCUGCCAAUGAGUCGUUCUUUUCCUGUAUCAUGUGGCUAGAUACUAGUUUUGGGGGGUUCAGCAGCUAUAUCAGGGUUGCUUUACCCAUAUCUCCAUGUUAGAGCUGGGGUUCUUAUUAUUUAAAUAAAUUCCUCUCACGGUGUCCCAUCAACUCUUUUACCAGCCCUAGACUCCUCCACGAGAGUGCAUCUUUAAAGAUCCAAGAACCUUCCUUGUAGUUCCCUCCAUCUCAUGGCUCAUUAAGAAACAUUUUAGUGGGAGCAGGGCUGCUGCUAUAAAGGGCAUGGUAGAUAGUUGCACAGACCAGUCUUUAAAAUGAGAUUAUGAUGCCUUUGUGGUAUUAAACCAUUAAAACGGCUCUCGCCCAUGCAGCCACAUCAAAAGCUUCACUGUUGUGAGCUUGCCAAACCUUGCUCUUAAAGCAGAGUAAUGACAACUCUUUGUGAUAUCCUCAGAGACUUUGACAUUGCUCUCCUUUGUUGGCUGCUUCGUGCAACAUUACAGAUUUUUUUUUUUUAAACCCUUCCAAUACACCUCUGCUCAGUAAGACUGAGACACAACAUCCUGGUUUCACACUUGGGGAUACAGAUUCUGUUUCUAGAACCCAUCUGAUCCAAGUUUCCUUUAGCAAUUUUGGAGGGAACCCUUAAUCUGUCAAUGAGGCCAUUCACCUGAGCAAACUACCAUUCACCUAGGCAGGAGGAAAUCAGGAGGAGGAGGUACGUUCAUUUAAUUCCUCAGGGGAUAAUGCCAGACAGAUAAAGCUACAAAUCUCCCUUUCAGUCCUCCAGGUCUAGGGGCCACUUUAUAUCUGGCCAGAGAGUGUGCUCAAAGUCCUUUUUUGUCACUGUCCCUAACAACUCCAAUCUGACUCCCCAGGUGGAGAGAAAUUGGGGCAUGUGUUCACAUUACUUAUUGAUGACUAACCGGAUGGGUUAGUUCUGACCCAUACCAGACCUGCUUUCUCUCAAUCCCUCUGUUUCCAUCCUGCAGUCUUUACACUUUCAAUUCUAAUAAGAUAAAUCAAUGAUUUCGUCUGCCUGGUGGUUUAGAAGUGUGCCUGCCUUGAUGUGCCUAGUCAUCCAGCAUACCACACAUUUCCAUUUCUACCUGGACCGUCACCACUUCCAGCAUUGUAGUUGUACUUUUUGGCCUCUUAGCCCUCAGGGAGUGUACAGAAAUCAUAACCAUCAUCAUACCCAUCCCCAAUACUACAUAUAAGAAUUCUUCUGGCCUUUGUUCUGUCUGAGAUAGUUGGAAAGACUCCCUGAGCUCCUUAAUUUACUUUCUCUCCAGAUCCAGACAUCACUCCAGCAAUUGGUGCAUAAGAAAUCCCUAUUGAAGGGCAAUUUGCUAUUAGAGUUAUCUGUUUCCAGGAUAAUUCUGUCACCAGAAUUACAAGGUUUCAAAGGAUGGAAUGUGCACUUGGGUCACAGACUGUGUCAAGGGUUCUGGUCCAGAGAAGUUAAGAAUCUAAACUUCAUGCAACGAAGGACAAUAGGUCUGGAGGGCACAGGGUUUUCUUCAUUACGUACCAGCCAUUCUGAUUGAAUGAGAAAACAGAAUCUUUGCAGUUUAUAUAAUCUCCAAAAAUGAGCCCAUUUUUAAUUCAUAUCCACUUAUGUUCAAGGCAAUCUGCAUACUCCAAGGGACUGGCAAGUGAGAACAUCAAUAGAAGAAAUCAGUGAUACGACAGACAUUUUUUAUGUGAGUCUGCCCACAAGUGGAUCUGUUUGCUUCAUUUCAGCUACCUCCAUUCUUCCCCAAACACAGAGGUUCCUGGGUUUUGGAAGGUGGAUUCCUUUUCCUGUUGAUCAAGCACAUAGUUGUUUGCCUUUGUUCCCGUAACACCCUUUUGACUGUUUGGAGACUGUGACAAGGAUGAUACUUGAGAACUUUGGGUACUCAUCUCAGCUGAUAGAAAUUGUACAGAGGGCAUGGAAAAAAGUACCCUCAGAAUUGGAUGUCUGGUCUUACUGUUUGCAUUAAUGUUCUUCCAUAGAUGUGUACACUUCUCUUCAUGCCACUCUGUCAUUCAUCCUGGAAUGUAGGUUGGAUGGGAACCUUUGCCAGUGUGGAAUCAUUCCUUCUGUUUACCUGUUCUUUGUUUUUUGUUAAUCUUUCCAAGCAUUUCCUGGGGCUGUUGCUCCAAUCAGGCUCUUACAGUACCAAAGUUUGGAUACUAACCACAUUGUCUGCAUAGGACUGCUUCCAGAAUUUGAUAUGGGCAUGGCUACCUGGCAGUUCUUGCAUGACUGAUGGAGUUUCACUCUUAAGAUGAGACAAUUUUAUAGGUAAGGCAAAACUAUCCUAAUUAUAACCAUGGAAUGACUUCUAAAACUCCAUUAAAAUGUUCUGGGCUUUAGCUGUUGUUGUUAAGACAUUUUUUUAAAGUAUUAGAUUAUAUAUUUUAAUCUGGUAAAAUUCAAUGUUUUCAAAAGAAUUCAAAUGAAUUGAAAAAUUAUUCAGAAACUGGCUUUUUCCAGUCCAUUUUACUUAUAUUAAUAUAAGUAAUAUUUCUUAAAUCCUCCAACAAUCCAUUUUUUGUUUGCUUCACAAGAUCCCAUUGUGGAUGGAAUUCACCCUUGUGUAGAAGGGUUAACAACAAGGCUCGUGUGCCACUUUAGCCUUCAGUAUAGGCUUGUGUUGGUCAUUAGCACAGGGGGAAUUUCACUUUAAAAGCAAAAAAUAAAUACAUAAAAUUAUAAUGCUGCUAUGUGCUUUUGUACAAGAUGCAAAGAUAAAUACAACUCUUUCACAUGAGUUGGUAGCAACAAAAUAAUACCGAGAAUCAUGAAAGCUAUGAACUGAGACGAAGUAAAGCAACUUCUCAUAGUGUUUUUUUGUGUGUUCCAAAUACAUUGACCCCUCGAUUCUCCUAUUUGCAAACUGUUCCCAUGCACUAAAGUGAGCAGGAGGGUAUCUUUAUUCUUGAAGCUGUUGCAUCAUAAGAUAUUUGGUUCAUUUAGGAUCCUGUGCCCCCACACUGCUAUGAGGUGUGGAGGGGGGUGGAACUGAGCCAAAACAGUCAUGCUGCCUCCUGCCCCUGAGCCUAUGGCAACCCCUCCUCUUCAGUUCUUUUGGAUUGGGACUGUGAAGGAUUUCAAGAUCAUGCUGGGGAUGGAAGGGAAAGAGUAGGAGGCAUCACUGUCCAGGGCAAUAUCCCCUCAGUGAUGUAUGUCUAAACUUUUUUUUUCUUUCCCCUUGGUUGUUUUUGGUUUUUUUUUUCCAGCACAUCCACAUCAUGAUAGUAUCAGAAAACACACUGAUAGUAUUGAGGUAUUCAAGAUCUUGGAAUAGGUUAUGAAUUUCUCACUGCAGUUACUUGUAGGUGGUCAGUAUAUGGUCAUUUACUUUAUUGCAGGUGACCAAAUGGGUUUGAAUACCUUUACUUCUAAAGGUUUGUAAGUCAGCUGUUUUCAACAUUGUUUUUAUAGGAGCAUGCAAAGUUCUAGCAAUGUUACUUUUACAAAGCAAUUCAAAGUUUUGGAAUAAGAUACUGUAGCGAGUACUAUAAGAGAGAGUUUUCAGCAAUUGAAUUAAGCCUCAACUAAAAUAUCAGUCACUUUUUCCUAAAAAUGAAAUCCAAUCUUUGUGAAUGUUAAAUUUCAAACAUAGGUAUUUCCCAGCCUCCUUAUAAGCAGUUACAUAAUUUUAUGUUGUUUAAUGUUCCGGUUAGGCAAUAAAAUUGAGGUUCUUCAAAAAUUUCAGAAAAGGGUCUCAGCUUCAGUAUAUGCUAAACUGGAGUGAUUAAAGUUAAAUGUGUACAGUUUAUAAUUACAUAAUAUGUACUUCUAAUUAAUUUUAUAAGGGUGUCCCCAAAUGUACUUGAUUAGUUCUAACAAAAAUUUGCUUAUUGGAAUUAGGACUUCUAAUAAUUACCUGUAAAAUGUUAUAUAGUUUGUGGAAACUUCUUUUUUUUAAAAAUGCACAACUUUUUAAUGAAAUAUUGGUGAUGUCAUGGUUUUCCAUAAUUCUCAAAAGUAAAACACAGAGCACCCUCCACAUAGGGCUUUCUGUCCUAAUACUACCUCUGAUAUAAGGUUACCGAAUUUUGACUUCCAAAAUGGGAAGUUUGUAUCAUUGUUGAGCAAGCACCUUAUUACACCAUUUCAGGUUUUUUUGGGGCUCCAAACAAUUAGUU